ACUGCGUGUUGCAUAUGUACUGGGGUUUCAGAUAGGAUUUUGAUUCUGUUUGUGCUGCGUAUCUGGUUUGAUAUUGGACCGUAGAAAGGCCCAGGCUGAUGUAAUAAAUCUGGACUGUAGGGACCUGUACUUGUCUGUUUGUUUUGAAAAAUCUCCGUUCAAUGCAAUUGAGGGGCCAUGCAAGAUAAGAUCGAUAUAGGGCUUAGCGCCGAAUUGGUCCGGGGUUAAAAAUGUUGACUGAUUUGUGCCCGACAAGUCAGCAUCUCAUCACGAACUCUUCUUCUUCCGCCAGUUCGAACAAGGCGAACAAGGUACAACGAAGUAUACGACACAAAUAUGAUCUGCUACUCAUUUGCCGACUACUUUGCUCGGCUAAUACAGAGCCGGAGGAAGCCCGAGCCGAGAGCCAGAAAUCAUGGUUCUGGCUUUGGAAGAUGGGCCCCUGUGGGUCAGCAGCAAGAAAUUUGUUCAUGCCAUCGUCUGAUGGGAACCACUACUACCCUUACCACGACCACUCCAGCACAGUCGCUAGUGCUGGAAGGCAGUGAUAUCAUACCUUCCUCCGAGAACGACAGCACACUGUCGCCCGCAGCGCGCAAGUUCCGCUUCCAACAGUCGGUAGUGAUAGCCCAGCUGUCGGCCGUCACGCUGACCGCCAGCGUGAUCAAUGGGCUCGUCGUGGUCGGUCUGCCGACUAUCACCAAGGAUCUCCAGCUGCCAUCCUCACUCUCCUUCUGGCCCUCGUCCGUGAGCAGUCUAGCCACCGCUUCGACGCUGCUAUUGGCGGGAUCCAUCGCCGAUGCCAUCGGCCCGCGAUGGGUUGAGCUUGUUGGCUCGUUCGCUAGCGGCCUGCUCAUGAUCGGACAGGGGUUGUCGCGCAACGGGGACGAGCUGGUGGUGCUGCGCGCCCUGCAGGGCGUCGGGCUGGCGUUCCAUCUGGCCUCGUCCAUCUCCAUCAUUACCCAGCUCCUGCCGCCCGGCCAGGGCCGCAACCUCGCCUUCUCCUGUCUCGGACUCAGCCAGCCCCUGGGCUUUUCUCUGGGUCUGGUGAUUGGGGGUGUACUCGUGGACACCAUCGGCUGGCGCGCCGGCUGGUACAUGGCCGGUGGAAUCACCUUGUUCUUUGCAGUCGUCGGCCUGUGGGCUGUGCCGCAGAGCGAGACGCAUCGGCAUGCCGACCUGAUGCACAAUAUCAAGACGCAGAUUGACUGGGUUGGCGCGGGACUGGCCUCGGCCUUUAUGGCGUUGGUGUGCUAUCUGCUAGCCAUCCUGAGCGCAGAUCCAUCUCGCAUCCGCUCCGCCGAAGCCAUCGUGAUUCUGUGCGUUGCGGCCGUUGCCCUUCCAGCGUUUGUCGGGUGGAUGCACCACCGGGUGCAGCGAGGCAAACCCGCGCUCAUUCCCAACUCACUCUGGCGCAACAAGUCAUUCAGUAGUAUCAGUGUGACCAUCGCCGUGUCCAACGCGGUGAUCAACUCGAUGGAACUCUUUGCGAGUCUAUACUUCCAAGAAAUCCAAUCCCUCUCCGCCCUGCAAGCCUCCAUCCGCAUCCUCCCCAGCCUCAUUAUCGGCGUCCUCAUGAACUUUGUCAUUGGCGUCUUCGUCCACCGCGUCCCCGCCUUCUGGAUCGUCACCAUCACCUCCAUCCUCUGCGCCGGUUCCCCCUUGCUCAUGGCGGUCAUCCAGCCCGCCUGGCCCUACUGGGCCAACGCCUUCAUCGCCCAGCUACUGCAGCCCAUCAGCUUCGACGCCCUGUACACCGUGGGCCUGAUCAUCAUCACCGACAGCUUCCCGGACACGACGCAGGCGCUGGCCGGCGCCGUCUUCAACACCUCGGCCCAGUUCGGGAGUGCCUUGGGCAUGGCGGUGUUGCAGGUGAUCUCCACUGUCGUCGCCGCGGAGAAUUCCGCGCAGAAGGGGGAGGACAAGCACGCGCUGAUGGAGGGGUAUCGCGCGAGCUUUUGGACUAUGUUUGCGUUUAUGUUGGUUUGUACGGUCGUCGGGUUUGUGGGGUUGAGGAAGACGGGGAGGGUGGGGUUGAAGAGGGAUUGAUCGGAUUCUUGGCUGGUUGAUCACUCAAUCAAUUUACUAAAAGUUUGUUGUUUCAUUAGGAGAUGGGAGAUGGGGGGAAGAAGGCACUGUGAUGACAGCGGUGGGUAUUUGGUUCAGGUGUCAAUUCUGAAAUGCCACUGUAUAUAUGAUGUGGCUCAUCUAUGAUCUGUGCGUGAGCCGGUGUGGAGAAUACAUGAUGCCGAGGACCGUACCUGUCGGUAUGCCUGACUACAAGGG